CGGGAGCACCAGUGGUAGUGAAUCAGUGAUCAGUGAGCGAAUAGGAGCAAAUAAAGAUUUUCAUAGAUUUCGUCUUUCUCACAAUGGCCCGCAAAAAACGUCACAUAGUUAAACGUAACCUCAUCAUUCGGCGAUCGAAGGACGAACCGCGAGAGAGUGACUCAGGUUGCAGUGGAAAGAAAUUACCUCAAACUAGGAAGAACAACAAUGUAGAAUUAGAUAGAGUAACAGAAGAAGCUGAAUCAAAUUCCAGUAUAAAUUCAGAUCUAUCUGCAUUAGAUAGAGUUCCUAAGCAAGCAUCAGUAAAAAAAAAGAUGACUACUGAAACAAAUUUGGAAGCAAUAAUGUCUGAUUGUCAUGAGGCUGAAAUAGAAACAGAUGAAAAUGUUACCCUAGAAUUUGAUAAAGAAAAUCAUGAUCCAGAAAUAAGUCAACAAGAGAUAAAAGAAAAUCCAGAGAAGAGAAUGAAAAUGGAAAGUAAAAAAAUGCUUGAAUUAAAAACUCAAGAUAAAAAGGCAUCUGCUGUAAUAGAACGAUGCCAGUACUGUAAACAGAAAUUAAAUAAUGAUAUAAAAUUGUAUCAAGGACACCCAAAUGGUGCAGUUGAGGAAGAGAUAGCUUUAACUGAUCCUAAGUUGUGUUUAUUUAUUGGAGAUGAAUCUUUUAUAGAUGAAAGUGAUGAGAGACCACAAAAUAAAUUAACUCAUUUUAGUGUUUAUGAUAUGAAUGGACAUCUGUGUCCUUUUGAUGCAGGACUCAUAGAAAAAAACGUACUGUUGUAUUUUUCUGGAUAUAUGAAAGCUAUCUUUGAAGAAAAUUCGUCACCUGAAGGAGGUAUACCGACAAAAGAUAUGGGGCCAAUAAACGAAUGGUAUGUUACUGGAUUUGACGGAGGAGAAUUGGUAUUAGUGGGUUUUAGUACUGCAUGUGCGGAAUAUAUUUUGAUGGAACCGUCUGAAACUUAUGCGCCAUUCAUGGAUGCUGUUAAAGAGAAGAUAUAUAUGAGUAAAUUAGUUAUAGAAUUUUUGUUAGAUGAAAUUAAUCCAACUUAUGAAGACUUGCUGAAUAAACUUCAAACAGUAGUACCUCCUAAGGAAACGAUGACGUUCACAGAAGAUACAUUGUUACGACAUGCACAAUUUAUUUGUGAUCGAGUUUUGUCAUUAGAUAAUUGUGCUGGUAUUGAAGAUACUCUUCUUAUUACGGCUCCGUGUAUGCGAUCUCUUAUGAAACUUUCUGGUGUCACGCUGGGUAAGAAAUCAGCUGUUCGUCUAUUGAGACGUGCACCGAAAGUUAAAAUGCCUGCCUGGUCAAUGGCUACUACGACAAAAUUAGUCAACAAUAUGUUUGAAAAUAUUUUUGCCGGUCAACUUGCUAAAAAUAAUAAUAAUAAUAAUAACAAGUUACUGAAAAGGAGGCGAUGUGGUGUUUGUGAAAACUGUCAGCAACCUGAAUGUGGUAUUUGUCCUACUUGUAAGGAUAUGACGAAAUUUGGAGGUAAGGGAGUUCAAAAGCAGGCAUGCAUUAAAAGAAGAUGUCCAAAUUUGGCAAUUCAGGAAGCAGAUGAUUCUGAUGAAGAGCAAUAUGAAAAUGAAGAGCAAUAUGAAAGUCUAGUAGAAGAUCAAAUGGUACAAGAAAGUAAAAAUGAAGAUUUUAAAGAACUUAAGAAAGAUAUUGUAUGGGAAGAAGAAAAUAAGAUUGUUGAUGCACAAAAAACAUAUUAUAAAUCGGUUACUGUUGGAAACGAAAAAAUUGAAAUAAAUGAUUAUGUUUUGUUGGAGCCUAGAGAUCCCACAAUUCCUCUACAAAUUUGUAAAGUUGUGUUUAUGUGGGAGACUAAAAAUGGAGAAAAACGAUUUCAUGCAAAUCGUCUUCGUAGAGGUACCGAUACCAUACUUGGUGAAACAUCGGAUCCUAUAGAAUUAUUUCUGAGCGACCAAUGUUGCGAGGCAUCAUUCACAUCUAUUAGAUCAAAGGCAACCGUUAUUCAUAAAAAGAUGCCCGAGAAUUGGUCUGAACUAGGUAAUAUGGACACAGAUAAUUAUAUAAAAGAUACAGAUGGUAAAACGUUCUUUUAUAAAUUGAAAUACGAUCCUGAAAGUGCUCGAUUUGAGGAUCCACCACCGGAUCCCGAAUGCCCAGGAAAACAAAUUAGUCAUCGAUUCUGUCCUUCUUGUAUUCGGUUAGCUAUAUUAACACAACAGGAUAUACCUAAGGUCUAUAAUCAAAUAGAAGUAAAAAGCAGUAAAGAAGUGAUUUAUGAGUUAGUAAAAUACAAAGGUGAAGAAUAUAAAGUUGGUAGUGCAGUGUUUUUGUACCCAAAAGCUUUUAUGUUUGAAUAUAAACGAAAAUAUCAAGAAUUUAAAAAUUCAAAGAUGAGUUAUGUAGAUGAAGAUACAUAUCCGGAAUUUUAUAAAAAAACGGAUGAUAAAUCAUCAUUCUCAAAUGUUGAUACACCUGAACCUUUCCACAUCGGUUACAUUAACACAAUAUAUGCUACGACAACUGAUAUAUUAGUAGCACCGACAGAUAUUUUUAUUAAAGUGAAUAAAAUGUACAGGCCGGAAAAUACUCACCGAGAUAUAGCGCUUAUGGAGCAAUCAGACAUUAAUAUGGUUUAUUGGAGCAAUGAAAUAUGCACCGUAAACUUCUCUGUAGUUGCUGGUAAAUGCUAUCUCGCAUAUUUCAAAAAUAUGAGUGAGUCUAUUGAAGAAUGGUCUAUAGGUGGUUCCAACAGAUUCUAUUUUACUGAAGCAUACAAUCCUAAAGAAAAAACAUUCGAUGAACCGCCUUAUGACAUUAUUAAUACGAGUAAAUCCGGGAAAGGAAAGGGGAAAUGUAAAUCUACUAAGAAAGUGGAAAGAACUGAAAAAAAGCAGGUUAUCGAAACACCUAUAAAUUAUCCUACUAUAUCAAGAAAAUUGAGAAUGUUGGAUAUUUUUGCUGGUUGUGGAGGAUUAUCUGAAGGAAUGCAUCAAGCAGGUGUAGCUGAAAGUCUGUGGGCAAUUGAGAAAGAAAGCUCUGCAGCAAAUGCGUAUCGCUUAAAUAAUCCGAAGACUAUAGUAUUCUCGGAGGAUUGCAAUAAGCUAUUACAAAGAGUGAUGGAUGGCGAACGUGUAGAUAAUAACGGCCAAAAACUUCCCCAAAAAGGAGAUGUUGAACUCUUGUGUGGUGGACCGCCAUGUCAGGGUUUCAGCGGCAUGAAUCGUUUUAAUUUACGACAGUACUCAUUAUUCAAAAAUUCUCUUAUCGUUACAUUUUUAUCUUACUGCGAUUAUUAUAGACCAAAAUUCUUUGUGAUGGAAAACGUGCGAAAUUUUGUGUUCUGUAAGAAGAGUAUGGUAUUAAAAUUAACUUUAAGAUGUCUUAUUCGUAUGGGGUAUCAGUGUACAUUUGGUAUUCUUCAAGCUGGAAGUUAUGGGGUACCACAAACGAGAAGAAGGAUGAUACUCUUAGCUGCUGCACCUGGAGAAAUACUUCCAAAGUAUCCAAUACCAACACAUGUAUUCAGUAAACGAUGUUGCUCAUUAUCUGUAAUUGUGGAUUCUAAAAGGUAUAUUACCAACUGUGUUCGGAAGGAAUUUGCUCCUUACAGAGCAAUUACUGUAAAAGAUGCCUUGUAUGAUUUACCAGAAAUUAAAUGUGGUUCAAAUGUAGAGGAGAUAUCUUACGUUGGUGAACCGAUAACACAUUUUCAAAGGAAGAUGAGAGGUAAACCGUAUCAAUCAAGAUUAACGGAUCACAUAUGCAAAGAAAUGUCUCCGCUUGUAGAAGCGCGAAUGAGCUAUAUUCCAACUACAAAUGGUUCUGAUUGGCGUGAUCUGCCGAAUAUUGUGGUGCAAUUGAGUGACGGUACCUAUACCAAGAAAUUAGAAUAUAUGCAUAAUGAUACGAGAAUUGGGAAAAGCUCAACGAAUGCAUUUCGUGGAGUAUGUAGUUGUAGUAGUGGUCAACCGUGUGAUCCUACUGAUAAACAAUUUAAUACUUUGAUUCCGUGGUGUUUACCACAUACCGCGAGCCGACACAAUAAUUGGAAGGGUUUGUACGGAAGAAUUGAAUGGAAUGGGUUUUUCAGUACAACUAUCACUAAUCCGGAGCCGAUGGGUAAACAAGGUCGUGUUUUGCAUCCAAUACAAAAUCGAGUUGUCAGUGUGAGAGAGUGUGCAAGAUCUCAAGGUUUUCUUGAUUCAUAUCGUUUUUUCGGUACAAUAACCGAUAAGCAUCGACAGGUUGGUAAUGCGGUGCCACCACCAUUGGCAGCUGCUAUCGGACAUGAGAUAAGAAAAUGUAUCCGUAAUAUGACGUUAAAUAUAGAACCUAAGCCUGCAAACAACUGUAGUGCUGAAGCAACAACAAGUAAAAAUCUUGACAAUAGUUUCAACGAAAGUCUUAAUGAAAGUCACAAUGAAGAUGACGAAAACAUAAUCAAAACGUGAUAUUUCGAUAACUCACGAUAAUGCGAAUAACAAUCUUAAGAAUGAUAAAGAUGCAGCCGAUAAUAUUUGUGCAGAUAAAGAA